AUGCCGACUCCCGAGUCCGCGGCCUUCCUUGCCAAAAAGCCCACCGUCCCCCCGACCUACGAGGGCGUCGACUUCAACGACACCGUGGCCGUUCACAACGCCCGUGAUGCCAUCAUCCGUGAGCAGUGGGUACGCAGCAUGAUGUCUCGCCUGGUCGGCGAGGAAUUGGGCAAGUGCUACAACCGCGAGGGCGUGAACCACAUUGAGAAAUGUGCUCACCUGCGAGAGCGAUACUUCGAGCUGCUUAGCGAGCGCAAGGUCAAGGGCUACCUGUUCCAGGAGAAGAACUACUUCGAGAAGUUCCAGGCGGAUAAGACCGCUUAA